AUGCCUAAACACAAGUCAAACUUGUCUUUGGCCAUCCAAAAGGCAGACACGGAGAAUCAAGCGGCCCAGAAGAAAGCCAGAACCAAAGCCCAAAGCCAGGAUACUGCGCUGUUGAAGAGCCAGGAUACAGUUUUAGACAGCCUUGCAGAAUGUGUUGAACCUCGCGAGUCCAGCAGCAUCCUGUCGUCUUUCAAUCUCUUGCCCGGCUUCAAUGGAUCAGGCAAUUUGGCCACCUCUCUACCGCUGGUCAGACUGUUUCGCCCGGAAUUAACCCCUAUAACCACAAACUUUGAGGAACAAAGCGAAGAACAACUUAAUAACUUGAUCAGGCGUGAAUCGGAGUGCGGAGAGAAAGAGACGACAUCCUUAAAGAGUAAAAAGAGUAAGGAUGAACUCGAAGAGGGACCAGAGGAAGAAGAAAGCGAAAGCGAAGAUGAAACUAAUACAGUGAAUCCUGAUAACGAGGAGGAUCUCAAGGAUUACGUGCCCGGCGGUUACCACACAUGUCACAUAGGCGAGACCUACAAGAACAAAAAGUACACAUUGGUGAGGAAACUCGGAUGGGGUCACUUUUCUACCGUUUGGCUCGCAAGGGACAACGACAAGCAAUGUCACGUUGCUAUGAAGAUCGUCCGCUCUGCCAAACAGUACACAGAUACUGCCGUGGAUGAGAUCAAGUUGUUGGAUAAGGUCACUACUUCCGAUACUCACCACCCAGGUCAUGAGCAUGUUAUUCAGCUACUUGACACCUUUUCGCAUGAGGGUCCCAACGGAGUCCACGUUUGUAUGGUUUUCGAAGUCCUAGGUGAGAACCUUUUAGGCCUUAUUCGCCGUUACAAACAUAAAGGAAUCCCUGUGGUUUUCGUGAAGCAAAUUGCCAAGCAGCUAUUGUCUGCAUUAGAUUUUCUACAUCGCCGCUGUGGUGUCAUUCACACUGAUAUUAAGCCCGAGAACGUCUUGAUCGAGAUCGGUGACGUUGAGCAAAUUGUUCGUAUGGUUGAACAAGAAGAGCAGCAUGCUAAGCUCCAAAGAAAGCUUCUGCGCACUAAAUCAACCUCGGGUGUUGCCUCUCAUUCAAACUCCACCCCAUCUACAUCAACUCAAAACACGCCACAAAUCAAGCAUGCUCAAAUUGGCGAGAAAGUCAAAUCCUCGGCGGACACGUCUUCCCCUCUGCUCGGCCGAAACGGAAGACGUUCUCGCCGUCAGACUCUCAUCACAGGAUCUCAGCCUUUACCAUCCCCACUCCGCUCCUUUAACAAGUCAUUCACGAACAUGCAUAACCUUGCGAACUCCUCCAACAACACGCCAAUCCAACAAGCCGUUAGCCAUGGCUCAUUCACAAAUACUUCAGACGCAGAAAUUUCGGAACAAAUGGAAAAAAGCUUGAACAACUCGCUUUCAUCAAUGUAUAUCCUGAAUUCGUCUGGCACGUUUCCUGGCCAGAGCAGGGACAAUGGAGAUGAGUCUUUCGUCAACAAUUCGUCUUUGAUUAUCAAUGAGGAUGAGUUAAUUUCGGUGAAGAUUGCUGAUCUAGGAAACUCCUGCUGGGUCCAUCAUCAUUUCACGGACGAGAUUCAGACAAGACAAUAUAGAUCCCCGGAGGUAUUGCUCGGAUAUCAUUGGGGUGCUUCUGCUGAUCUUUGGUCCUUUGCAUGUUUGAUGUUUGAACUUCUCACGGGCGACUAUUUGUUUGACCCAAGAGCUGGUAAAUCCUACAGUAAAGAUGACGACCACAUUGCUCAGAUCAUUGAAUUAAUUGGGCACUUCCCUCGUCCUAUGCUCAACGAGAGUUUCUACGCCAGAGAUUUCUUCAGCGCUCGUGGCGAGCUUCUCAGGAUCUCUAAAUUGAAGCCUUGGGGUCUCAAGGAUGUCCUCAUUGAGAAGUACAAGUUCCCAGUGAGUGACGCAAUUGAAAUCGCAGACUUUUUGCUGCCCAUGUUGACUUUACAGCCUGAAAAAAGGGCUGAUGCUGGUGGUAUGGUGAAUCACCCAUGGUUGAGCGAUGCCCUCGGUCUUGAGAAUGUCGUGUUAGAACGCCCAGUGGGUGGUUCUGGAGAGGAUAUUCCCGGCUGGGCUCACGAGCUUGACCCGCAAUUACAGGGAAACCGUUUCUUCUUCCGUCAUUGA